AUAUCUUAUUAGAAUGUCAUAUCAUAUAGACAAAUCCAAGUUAUACCAAAAACUGUUCGAAAGUUUUAAAAAAUCUCAUACUGGGACAAAAGUGCAAAAUGUACAAAAGUUAGUUAACGAAGUUUGGCGAAAUUAUAAAUUACAAGCAAAGACAGAUAAGGAACUAGAUAUUAUUGUAUCUAAGAGAAUCGAAGAAGAAUUGCAAGCGGCGACUAAAAAUAAAUCCAAUCUGCUUCAUUUUUUUUCCAAGGCAACGUCUUCUACCAGUAAACCUGCAGAAAAAUCACAAAUUAUACAGCCAUUUUCUAACAUUGAAAAACAGAAAGAAGAUAAAAUUAAAACCGGCAAUGAAUCACAAGAGCAAUGCGAAAAUAAUGAUAAUGCAGAUAAACAAAGAGCAAAACCUUCUCAAGAAGCUUUGAAAAAUAAAAUUACUCUACUCGAAAAAAAUCUGAACGCUUUGUAUUCUGCCAGAGAUACUAUGCCAAAUUGCGCUGAAGUUGAUAAACAGAUCAUUAAGUUGCGCGAGGAACUAAAAACAGCAAAAAAUACUUUAAACAGGAAGAUUCAAAACGUAGUUGCCCAGAAGAAACACAGGGAUGGUAUGAAAAGAAAGUUAGAAGAUAUUUGUCAGGAAAAUCCUGAAAUAAAAAGAAGACUAUCUCUGAGGGAUUCAGUAGGACAUCCUAAACUUGAAAGCGAUCAACCAUUACUAUUGAAAACAAUUGCGGAUAUAGCUUUAUUUGGGAGUGCAUGUGAUGACAGGAGACGAACGGAAUCUAUUCGCAGCGUAAAAACUCUUGACGAACUCACACAAGAACUGCGUAAACUAGGAUUUGACAUUAGUCGCAGUGCGACAUAUCUUCGUUUGAUUCCCAGAAAAUCGAAUUCUACAGAGGGACGAAGACAUGUAUCGACAGUCCCUGUUAGGCUCAUUCGGGCUCAAACUGAUCACCACAAGAGCCACUUAGAUAGCAAGUUCGCUGAAACAUCAAUCCAUUAUUUAGAGAACAUAGCAUCCAUACUUGGACCAGAUCAAGUAUUUUUCUUAUCUCAAGAUGACAAAGCUCGAGUCCCUAUUGGCGUAACUGCGGCAAAUAAGCAAGCACCUCUUUUAAUGCAUAUGGAAUAUAGAAUCAAAUUACCUGACCACGAUUGGGUAAUCGCUGAGCGUCAUAAAUUAAUACCAUCUGUUUAUGCUGGUAUCAAAGUUACUUCCAAUAUGCUAGGACAACCGCAAGCCGUCGGAUAUUCUGGGCCAACAUUCAUCGCUAUUCGAAGUGGAAAGCAUAGUUCAUCUACUGCUAAUACUCAUGCUCAGGAUUUCGAGACGCUUCUCGAACUUGAAGAGUUUCGACCAUUAGCAAAAACUGACCAUGGACUAGUAAAACCAGUAGUAAUUAUGACGGUUGAUGGAGGGCCAGAUGAGAAUCCGCGUUAUCAAAAAGUCAUAGGGUUUGCUAUACAACAUUUUAAACGACAUGAUCUCGAUGCAUUGUUUAUAGCUACCAAUGCUCCUGGAAGGAGUGCGUAUAACAGAGUGGAGCGAAGAAUGGCUCCUCCGAGUCGGGAACUGGCUGGUUUAAUACUGCCUCAUGACCAUUUUGGGUCGCAUUUGGAUGAACGUGGCGUUACAAUUGAUGAACAAUUAGAAAGAUAUAAUUUCGAAUUUGCAGGAAAUGUAUUAGCUGAAGUAUGGAGUUCAAUUGAAAUUGAUGGCUAUAAUGUUACUGCAAAAUAUGUUGAGGCUGAUGAACAAGAUGUUCCUGAAUUUCCAGACAUUAAAUGGUACUCAGAACAUAGAGUGGGAAAAGCAGAAAAAAGCGAGUUGGGAGAAUUGAAGGACGACGACCCGACGUUCACGGUGCCUGAAGGCGCCGGGGCCGGACGGACUCACAUCUGA